AUUAAUGUUUUUGUAACGGAUGGUUCUCGGAUUGUCUAUGUAACCCUACCGGUCCGUCGGGUCGCGGGUGAACCGGGUCCACAGAAGGCGGGUGUUACAGUGGGAGAUGGCCGUGGAUGGGGCAUCUGGCCCUAAAGGGUACGGGGGUGGUAUAGUGUUUAGCACCCCAGAAGGAUUCAAGCUCUACCAUGCGCUCGUCUUCAACUUCAAAUUGACGAACAAUGAAGUGGAAUAUGAAGCUCUAGCUAGAGGGCUCAGACUUGCUCAAGCUCUCAAAAUCAACCAGGUCAAUAUAAAAUCUGACUCUAGUCUGAUUGUUGGGAAUGUGACUGGCAACAUGGAGGCCAGGGAAGGACGAAUGGUGCAGUACAAGGAUCUGGUGCUAGCCUUGUUGAAAGGCUUUGCAGAAUUCAAGAUCGCCCAGAUUCCUUGGGUAGAAAAUGCACAUGCAGACCUUCUCUCUAAAUAAACGCAGUAUGCCCCCUGAGCAUGUUUCAAAGGACAAUGUCAACUUCCAACACGGUUGGAGCUGACAGUCGCUGGAUGGACGAUCUUUUGAGAGACUUGACAGACGGAAGCCUACCCAAAUAGGAAGACUGGGUGCGUAAAGUAAAAAUCAGAGCACCACGGUUCCAGGUCAUCGACGGCAUGUUGUACAAAAGGGCUUUCGGAGGACCACUCUGAGAUGUCUAACCAACCGGGAAGCAGAGCGAGUCAUAGAAAAAGUUCAUGGGGGUGUGUGUGCGGCAAAUCAAAUGUAUCGCACCCU